AUUUCCACCAUUGAUGCCAUUCUAAAAGCGUACAACGGGAGAGAAGAGGAAAUGUUUGCGGCACUGGUCAAGAAGUACGGACCGGAGCCCCCACGUGAUGACUGCCCACCUGCUAUUUUAAAUAGAGAGACGCAGAGUGGGAAUGUGAGAGACCGAGUUGUCAAGGAUAGUGAAAGGAUUUCAGUCAGAGAGGUUAUCCAAACUAUUCUUAGUGUUGCUGGUGCUUCCUACACGGAUGUAUUGUUGGCCUUGCCAAAGGAGAGUAGACGCGCGUUGUUUUCUAGUAAAGAAUCUACUUUGCACGUAGAUAACUCCAGAAAGAACAUGUCCGAUCUGCGUUCAACUUCCAACGAACCCGAAGACGUCCGCUCCCGUCUUGAGCGUUUCAUGCGCAAGUACAAUCCAGAGAAGAUUUCCACCAUUGAUGCCAUUCUAAAAGCGUACAACGGGAGAGAAGAGGAAAUGUUUGCGGCACUGGUCAAGAAGUACGGACCGGAGCCCCCACGGGACGACUGCCCACCUGCUGAUACUCCUGCUCCUACUGCUGUUACACCUGUGGGUGCGCACGAACCCGAAGACGUCCGCUCCCGCCUUGAGCGUUUCAUGCGCAAAUACAAUCCAGGGAAGAUUUCCACCAUUGAUGCCAUUCUAAAAGCGUACAACGGGAGAGAAGAGGAAAUGUUUGCGGCACUGGUCAAGAAGUACGGACCGGAGCCCUUACGGGAUAACCUUCCGCUUACCACCAGGAAAGAUGAAACUGUUUCUGUGACCGUUGACGCUGAAGUACUUAGGACUCGACUAAUGCGAUUUUUCGCUAAAUACGCGCCAGAGAAAUUAGCCGGUGUGGAUGUGCUAAUUGAGUCCUGUGAAAGACACUCUGUAAACGAGCUCAUGAAUAGCCUUGUCUCAACGUACGGUCCAGAGCCGGUAGAAGAAAGUACGGGUGUCAAGGACGAUAAAAAAGAACAGAAGAAAGAAGUCCUGCAGAGAGAAGAGGAAACCAGAGGUAGAAUUGAUGAUGACGAACGACAGAAACUCUUGGCUUCCCUGGAAGCUUCUGGAAAGGAUGCAAAGAUGGUCUGUUACAGUUUACUGACGGAAAUGGAGUUACUUAGUUUCGUAAGGACGAAUUUUGGUGACUACGAGGGUCGAAUUCGUCGUCUUCUUGUUCGCUACGACCCUGCACGACUGGAGGCAGUGCCUGAGCUUUUGCGUGCGCAUUGUGGUCGCGAGGAUGAGUUGAUUGCGCAGCUCACGUCUGAGUUGGGGCCAGAGCCAGAGAAGACGGCACCGACGUCGCUUCUGCGACUUAUGCGGCGUCGCGCUGACUGGAGGCGCAUUGACGAGGAUACCUGGACGGACGACGAAGAGAGCAAUAAUGACGAAGUGCUUCUCCUUCGACCGCCGAAAGGCCUGACGGAUGGGCGUUCUCUAAUUGAGUCGUACCAGGCGAAUGAUCCCGGUGAGUUCAGUGGGGACGAAUCUGCGGCAUACCCGCACGAUGAGGAGCAUUGGUACCGAUUGUUUUUCGGCGGCGGACCCGUUGACGAUGGCGACGCCGUUGGAGAUGAUACUGCUGCUGGUGAUGCUGGCUCGUUCGGCACGCAGCAUGCGGAUGGGGCAGUGCUUCAAAUAUCACCCACUGUAGACUCUCCUUCGCCUUCACCACCACCGUCGUGCGCGUUACGACACCGCCGCGUAAGAGGUCUGCAAGUAACACUUGGAAACAAAUUUGGGCAGGCCAUUGGCGCGUUGUGUGCACCGUGCAGCGUGAAGGUUGCGCGCUCUUUUGAAGCACUCUGGCAACCAGUAGGUCCUCAAUAUCAGCAGCUUCUUUCUGAGACAGUUGUGAAGGAUGGUUACUUGGAGAAACUUUCAUCGGACGGUCGCCGGAUGGGUGUGAAGUGGCAGAAGCGAUACUUCCGCGUGGACGACAAGGGAAUGCAUUACUAUGAAACAAAUGCCCCAGGCGAGAAACCAAAGGGGUAUAAGGUGUUCACGAAAGACAGCAUUGUGAUUGAACACAUUGAUGCCACAGUUCAUCCCAAGUGUACAGACAGCCGUUACCACUACUUUGGAAUUACUGUAAAUAACUCUAAUGACAUGUUCUACCUGCGCACCCCGAGUGAGGAUGAGAAACGUCUGUGGGUUUCCUUUAUGCAGCUCGCUUUCGCACGUGUGCGACUUACCACAAUUGGCUGUGAUCAGAACCCAAGUCGGUGGCGGGGGCGGAUGGAAGGACUGAAAGAGGCUGAGAUUGGCCUUAUUGAUCUCGUGCACGCCUCCUCUGUGGUAAUGCAGAAGCUGCGGAAGCAGCAUGAUGAGCUGAAGGAGCGCAUUAAUGCGGAGCGGGCACAUCGUAAGCUGAUGGAAACACAGUUAUCGGAGAUGCAGGAGCAACAAGCUCACCUUGCGCAAUGUGUAAUGGAGGCGAAGGCGCGGGCACAUGCGGUGGAGGAAGAUGUCGACGUAAAGUGCCUGGAGCUGGCGGAAAGCGCGGCGAGUGUCAAACAACAGCGUUUGGAGAUGGGAAACGAGCUUGAGGAGACGCGGCGCAGUAUCGACGGUAUCACACAGACAGUCAUUAAUAUGCAGAAGGAGAUAUUGGAGCUGGAGAGCGAAUGUGAAACACGUGAGGCACGAGUGCGACAGGCUUACAGUAAGUGGCGACGCUGCGAGGGGCGGGAAUAUCCAGAGAAUAAUAGUAUAUGGCGUAGUAAUUAA